CGCUUCUCCGCACCUUCCCUCUCCCCACCUUCCCUCGCUCCCGACCCUUUUUUGUCCUUCUGGCGGGGAGGGCGCCGCGCGGACGGGGAGGAGAGGAGGAAGGGGGGGGAUGGGCAGCGGGCCCUGAGAAGAAAAGCGGUAACGGCCGCAGCGCGCGCGCCGCCCCGAGCCCGCCUUGCCGGCACGUGACCCCCCCGCGCCCGCCCCCUCCUCUCCCGCCCGGCUCCAUAUUGGCGCUGCGCUGGCCGAGCCCGGGCACAAAAUGGAGGUUUCCUAGAUCUAAAGGAAAGGCCGAGUUAGAGUACCCUUCCAAAAUGGCUGCUAUUAAGGAAGACAGAGAAGUGGAAGACUACAAGAGGAAAGGAAGACGAUCCUCACAGCAGAAAUACCGUAGACUGAAUAAGGGCCAUGAGCCAAAGGAGCCAGAGCAGUUGAGAAAGCUGUUCAUUGGAGGUCUGAGCUUUGAAACAACAGAUGAUAGCUUGAGAGAGCACUUUGAGAAAUGGGGCACACUCACGGACUGUGUGGUGAUGAGAGACCCACAAACAAAACGUUCCAGGGGCUUUGGCUUUGUGACUUACUCCUGUGUGGAGGAGGUGGAUGCUGCCAUGAGCGCUCGACCACAUAAGGUUGAUGGACGCGUGGUUGAACCAAAGAGAGCGGUUUCCAGGGAGGAUUCUGUAAAGCCUGGGGCACACCUCACGGUAAAGAAAAUAUUUGUUGGUGGAAUUAAAGAAGAUACAGAAGAAUAUAAUUUAAGGGAGUACUUUGAAAAAUAUGGAAAGAUUGAAACCAUAGAGGUCAUGGAAGACAGGCAGAGUGGAAAGAAGAGAGGCUUCGCUUUUGUUACUUUUGACGAUCAUGAUACAGUUGAUAAAAUUGUUGUUCAGAAAUACCAUACUAUAAAUGGACACAACUGUGAAGUGAAAAAAGCCCUCUCAAAGCAGGAGAUGCAGACUGCUAGCUCUCAGAGAGUGAAAUAUUUUGUAGGUCGUGGGGGUGGCUCAGGCAACUUCAUGGGCCGUGGAAACUUCGGAGGCGGUGGAGGGAAUUUUGGCAGAGGAGGAAACUUCGGUGGAAGAGGAGGCUAUGGGGGUGGUGGUGGCGGUGGUGGGAGCAGAGGAAGCUUUGGGGGUGGUGACGGAUACAAUGGAUUUGGUGACGGUGGCAACUAUGGAGGUGGUCCUGGCUAUGGCAGCAGAGGAGGUUAUGGUGGUGGUGGAGGACCAGGAUAUGGAAACCCAGGUGGUGGAUACGGAGGUGGAGGAGGAGGAUAUGAUGGCUACAAUGAAGGAGGAAAUUUUGGUGGUGGUAAUUACGGUGGAAGUGGAAACUACAAUGAUUUUGGCAAUUACAGUGGACAACAGCAGUCUAACUAUGGUCCCAUGAAAGGUGGUGGCAGCUUUGGUGGCAGAAGUUCAGGCAGUCCCUAUGGUGGUGGUUAUGGAUCUGGAAGUGGAAGUGGCGGCUAUGGUGGUAGAAGAUUCUAAAAAUGCUACCAGAAAAAGGGCUACAGUUCUUAGCAGGAGAGAGAGCGAGGAGUUGUCAGGAAAGCUGCAGGUUACUUUGAGACAGUCGUCCCAAAUGAAUUAGAGGAACUGUAAAAUCUGCCACAGAAGGAACGAUGAUCCAUAGUCAGAAAAGUUACUGCAGCUUAAACAGGAAACCCUUCUUGAUCAGGACUGUCAUAGCCACAGUUUGCAAAAAGUGCAGCUAUUGAUUCAUGCAAUGUAGUGUCGAUUAGAUGUACAUUCCUGAGGUCUUUCUCUGUUGUAGCUUUGUCUUUCUUUUUUCUUUUUAUUUUCCCAUUACAUCAGGUAUAUUGCCCUGUAAAUUGUGGUAGUGGUACCAGGAAUAAACAAAUCAAUGAAUUUUUAACUUUUCAAUAUUUGUGUAGUUCAGUUUUUCCACAUUUAGUACAGAGAACUCUAUAACAGAACUGAAAUGUAGUUUAGGGUGUUUCCUUGUUAGUUAAUAGAGAAGAUAAAUGCAUUUCUCAAUUACUAUUUUGUAUUAAUUUAAAGUUAACAAUAGAAACACCUAUUGAUUUGCAGUCUUAAGGGGUCUAGUCUCAGUGUAUAUACGUAACUGUCAUUGACAUGAGUUACAUAGGCAUACAGAGGGAAAACAUCUGUAUGUUGCAUUAUAGUUUGUUUAGAUGUAUAACUAGGAUUUGAGUUACUCAAAUUAGUGUUUGUGAAUCAUAGAACUAAGCUUUAUCUUAAUGAAAACUUCAAAUUACUUUUUGGUUUGUGCAUAUUUUUUUAAUUUGUAGUUCUGUAUUAGUACUAGUGCUUCAAGAAAAUAAGGCAUGAUAAAUAUUUUAACAAGACCAACUUUAGACACAUGAAAGCUGUCUCCCGUCUCAUUUGAGAUGCAUAAGGGAUAACUGAAGUUGUUUAAGUCUUGGGUGGAGAGAAAAAGACAUUUGCUUUUUACCUUUAUAUUUAUUGUAAUUUCCGAGAAGUUAAGGUGGGGGGAAUCAAGUGCCUGUUUCCUUGGGAUAUACAAUGAUUCUGUUUCAAUAAAACUAUACUUUGGGGAGGGUGGCUUGGAAUUUUCAUCCCCUUUGUCCCCAUUUCCUUCUCCCUUGCACCAGACUGCACUGUUUCAAUUAAAUGAGGCGUCAUAGUGAGAGUAAUAGGUAUGUUCCUCAAUAAUUUAAUGGCUGUAUACUUUCUUGCAUGCACCCUAGGCAAUAUUCUGGACACAUGCUUCUGGCUGGGAGCCAAGGGUAGCACAGGUGUAAUCACUGACAGUCCCAGGUAAUGUGCUUCAAAAGCCCAUUCCCCAUGGGCUCUUAAAUAGUAGAGUCCCUGAGCUGUUUCCCUGGCAGACGUGCUCAGCUGAGAGCUCAAAGAUCAAACACGGUCUAGUUGUAUUUUACCAACUAGAAGCACUCCCACAACGUAGAGGGCUACAGUCCCCAGUUCCCACAGGUAGAAUGAUAGUGUGCUACAACUGGAUUUGUGCAGUGGAGGAGAAAAUCUGACCAGUACAUGUGGCUAGAAAUUGUACUUCAUUCUCACUUCUGACCUCCAAAUUAAGGCACUGCAGUCUGUGCUGUCCUCAUCUGAUGUGAAUUCUCUUGACUAUUGCCAGGCCAGUGCUUGCUGUCAAUUCAGACUCAGAAGAGUAGGGACCCAGUCAAUAAAAGAAAUACUCAGACACUUGGCAAUAUGUAUUGGAAUUACUCACACCUGUUUAACUUCUGGGUCAAUGUGUGCAGUAUAAGGUAAAUGCAAUUCCAGUGUAGGAAUGAAUCUGCAAAGAUGUAUGAAAUGGCUUAAGGCAUAAUCAGUUAUAUUAAUGAAUUAUAAUUUUUAAGAAGUGGUAGAAAAAUAAGUGUGUUGUUUGAAAAAAAUUAAACAUAUGUUAUUUAAACGCUGUUAUUGGAGUGUAUUUAGACUGCAGUACGCUAAAACAAGGAACCAGUGUCAAGAUGGUAGCCUCCAAAAUGGAUUUCAAAGUCUGCUUAUUCUUGUCUGUGGAGUUCUGAAAGAUCUCAAAAGUUAAAGCAAGAAUUGGUGGUUUAGUGAACGCUUCUGUUGUUGUACGUGUUCAUUUGGGCUUGGGGUGGCGGGGAGGCUGUACUUCAAUAAAGGCAUUUUUUAAACAACCCAUUUGGAGUUUGAAAACAUGGGAAACUAAACCACAACUCACUAGGGAGUGAGACGCCUGACUUCUGACUUGCUUUGUACAUUACUAUGCUAGAAGAUGUGUAGACUUGCACCUGGGGCCUGCAUCUGAUUGCAGGGACAACUGGAGGAUGGGGUUGAUGUCCCUUCUAACAAUUGAUCUGGUAUUUCUAAAUUUUUUUAGAAUGUAUUGACAGUGUUCUUUUUAACAGGGCCUCUGGUAGCUGUACUGUGACUACAAUGUUAACUUUGAAAAAUAGUGUCAUAAUAAACUUUAUGAACAAGA